UCCCACCCUAGUCUUAUACUCGAGUCAAUAAGUUUUCCCAUUUUGGGGGGGUAAAAUUAGGGGUCUCGACUUAUAUUCGGGUCGACUUAUACUCGAGUAUAUACGGUAAAUGAUUUCCAGAGGGGGGGAAAAAAAAAAUCUAAUAGCUACAGAAUUAAUCAAUUUCCCAAAUCAUACACUUUUUUUUUUUUUUUUUUUAAUAGAAUAUAUUUAAAAUAUAUGAAUUGGAAAGCCAGAGGUAUGGCGACAUAUAAAGCAAUAGUUGGAAGCAUUGUUAGUGAUAUAUUUAUUAUUAUUAUUAUUAUUAUUAUUUUUAUUUUAUUUUUUUUCCCGCUUUUAUUUCUCAGAUACACUGGAACUGAUGGCUCAAGUGGCUUUGGCUUCGAGCUUACAUUCAGACUGAAGAGAGAGGCAGAAGAAUCUGCUCCCCCGACAUGGCCGGCCGAACUUAUGCAAGGCCUAGCGCGAUAUGUCUUCCAAUCUGGUAAAUUUAUUCACAAUCUUCUCAUUCUAGAACUUGCGUGAAUGCUAAGCGAUGUGAGAUACUGCAGCAAAUCAUUUAGGGGCAAAUAUUCUUGGCAAGGAACGUUGAUGUAAUGCCUGUCAAAACAUUUGUAAAGUUGUAUUUAUGCUUGCUAGCAAAGCUGUCUCCAAAACAUAGAAACGUAGAAUGUGACGGCAGAUAAGAACCAUUCGGCGCAUCUAGUCUGCCCAAUAUUUCAAAAGACUUUUAAUUAGUCCCUGGCCUUAUCUUAAGUCUAGGAUAGCCUCAUGCCUAUCCCACGCAUGCUUAAACUCCCUCACUUAACCUCUACCACUUCGGCUGGAAGACUAUUCCAUGCAUCCACUACCCUCUCAGUUAAGUAAUAGUUUCUGCAAUUUUUUUUUUUUUUAUAACCUUUGCCCUUCUAAUUUAAGACUGUCCUCUUGUUGUGGUCGUUCUCCUUUUAAAUAUAGUCUCCUCCUUUACUGUGUUUGAUUCCUUUUUAUGUAUUUAAAUGUUUCUUAUCAUAUCCCCCUGUAUCGUCUUUUCUCCAAGCUAUACAUGUUAAGAUCCUUUAACCUUUCCUGGUAAGUUUUAUCCCGCAAUCCAUGAACCAGUUUAGCAGCCCUUCUCUGAACCCUCUCUAAGGUAUCAAUAUCCUUCUGAAGAUACGGUCUCCAGUACUGUGUACAAUACUCCAAGUGAGGUCUCACCAGUGUCCUGUACAAUGGCAUGAGCACUUCCCUCUUUCUACUGCUACUUCCUCUCCCUAUACAACCAAGCAUUCUGCUAGCAUUUCCAGCUGCUCUAUUACAUUGUCUGCCUACCUUUAAGUCAUCUGAAAUAAUCACCCCUAAAUCUCUUUCCUCAGAUGUUGAGAUUAGGACUAUCAAAUAUUCUCUACUGUGUCCUUGAGUUUUUACGUCCAAGGUGCAUUAUCUUGCACUUAUCCACAUUAAAUGUCAGAAUAACUACAUUCAGUAUAAUCUGGUACAUCUACAAUUUUACACUUGGCAGAAUAAAUUGUAUUUGUAAAGGUAUAACCUCUAUGAAGUAUGUUCUCUGUCAUAAGAUACAACUAGUGUUUUUGACUCCUUUGUGUAUUUUAAUUGAAUUUUAUUUAGAUUUUCAGUGAUGUCUAUAAAAACAUAUCCACAGACAUGAGCAAGGCAUACUGAUGUCAGUGGUUUAUCUCUCUGAGCUGGAAAAUAUAAAAAACACACAAAAAAACAAACCUACUUUGGACAAGAUUUAACAAAUUGGUGUAAAGUUCUAAAUGUGGAGUAAUCUAAAAGUGAGGCAAUCUCUGAUUUCCAAAGUGAUUGCCCGAAAUUUAGAGCUUUGUGCCUAAUUUCAGGCCAUGACCCUCUCCUGUCUGUGUUAACGUAAAAGGUACUAAACUGCUUGUAAAUGAACAGUAAGCAAGUUUUAGCAAAUGGAAAAUUGAGUUCCAAUAUUGAUAAACUGUCACCUCAAAUAUCCUUUGAUCAAAUUUUGCUAUUUUCACUAUUUCUAAUAAUGUGUGUGUGUGUGUGUGUGUGUGUGUGUGUGUGUAUGUGUGUGUGUGUGUAUAUAUAUAUAUAUAUAUAUAUAUAUAUAUAUAUAUAUAUAUAUAUAUAUAUAUAUAUAUAUAUAUAUAUAUAUAUAUAUAAUUUUUUUAUUUUUUUACUCUGCCAAAGCACCUUGACUCUGAAAUCUGAGUCUCGGUGGUCUUUCAUGCGUCACUCCCCUGAUAAAAAGAUUAUAUUAAAAUAGUUGUGACAGUUGUCCUUUAAAACUAAAAUAGCUAUGCAGUACCUAUAUCUCCAAGGUUUGUGAAUUCUCCCACCUGUCAUUUUGUCAUAAUGUUUGCAAUUCAGUUUUUAACUCUUUUUAACUGUUUUCAGAAUUAUGUCCACUUCUGCUUACCCAACAGUCUUAAACAUGGCAAAGUAAUGCUGAAAAUUAAUGGCAAUAGGUUUGCAAGACAUUGCUAUCUAUGGUACAGAAACAGCCCUUGUCUCCCUUUUUUACAGAGAACACGUUCUGCAGUGGUGAUCAUGUAUCAUGGCACAGUCCUCUGGACAACAGUGAGUCUCGAAUUCAGCACAUGCUCCUGACAGAAGACCCUCAGAUGCAGCCAGUACAGACUCCAUUUGGGAUGGUAUCAUUCUUACAGGUGGGGGUUAUAUAUGUUUUUAAUGCAUAGAAUAAAAUCAUACUUGUCCUGUAGCAUUUCAUUCAAUGUAGAACUGUGUGUUCAUGCAGCUAAUUACUUGGUGCUUGCCAUGCUACUCACCUUAGAUCACCUGUACAUUCUUUGGUGCCUUUAAUGGCUAAACCAGGAGUCAGCAACUUACGGCACUCCAGGCUCCUUUGCGCAGCACUCAGCGUUUGGUUCUGACCUAUUAGGAGUCGCAGUGAGACUUCAGAUAACUGCUAGGUCAAACUGAGCGGUGAUCACAGGUUGUGAGGGACAAUGCUCAAUUUACGCAUUGCAGCACUUAGAGGAAGUGAUCUCAGAUGUGACUGUGAAUCCAUGUUGGAGUAUGUAAGGAAACCUAGUAUAUCCAAUCCUCAUUCGGUAGUUUCCUCCCGAACCGCCAGAGCCUCAGUGAUUUAUAGCUCUCCGUUCGGUAGAUGAAAUAAACUAAAUCCAUACGAACACAAUAGCUUUACAAGAUAAUUCCCUUAAAAAAGCAUUCGAAUCCCCAAACAUCAGCCGAAAUCAAGAAGCAGGGGAUGCAAGGGGACACAGUACCACCAAUCAGUUACAGGAAAACCGUAAAACACACCCAGCACAAACAGAAUUCCCUCCCCUAGUCCUGGAUAUAAUCAAGUCUGAUAAAGUAAUAACUUGAUUAUCUCCGUGCAGAAAAAUUAAAAUUUUCCCCAAUAUUCAGAACACCCCUUUAGGCAUAGGGUAUCCCCACAAACAAUAUGUCCCCUGAUAGCCCCGAUCUGGGUGAACAACAUAUUCAAAUUUCACCCAGAUCGGUUCAGGGGUUCUCAAAGUAUGGAAGUCUUUUGUGACCGGCUAACCGCGUGAUGGCUGCCCAAAAUAGUUCCAGGAGUUUAGGUGGUUUUGCUGGCCUAUUCAGUUAAGUGAUAAAAACGAAUAAUUCCACGAAUGGCUUCCCCUGGUUCUUAGCAGCGAUUGUUCCCCUCAUUCGAAUGCACAAAAGUACCGAACAGCGCUCUUCUAGCUGUUCGGGAAAUAGAGAUCCGGUGUUCGGGAAGUAGUGUCCGAUUUUAGUUCCAGACACUCGACGACCAAGUCCCUCUGCCUUUGUUUGCAUGGAAAAAGAUGGCCGCCGUUUUCUCAGCCACGUGGCGUUCGGUAGCACGAACACCGGCCGCACAGAUAGAGGGUUCAAUUGAGGCAUUUUUUUAAGUUUAACAAGCCAGGGGGGUGGUCUCUGUUCGGUAGUUAUAUCUACCGAAUGAAUAGGGAAGAAAUAUUACACAUAAAAGAGGGAUUUCUUCACAGAGUAGGAUAGCCCUCAGCAGCUAUCACGGCUCCUGUCCUUUACCUGGCCAGCCUGGACCCCAUGGAAGCCACACACAAUGCUAGAUAUACACAGAGCUGCAGAAGAAGCCUCCCCCUAAUACAAAUAUUGAAAACAGCCCACACGCUAACACACGCACAGUCCCCACAAACACAACCACUGACAAUCAUUAACAAUACCACAAACUACUCAUGACCAUAUACUGUACGAUAGAACCGCCUACAUAUGCACAAAUACAACACUACAAACUGCAGCCGCCAUAAAUAACGCAAGUAGUAUAUAGCAACAGACACACCUUUAAUUUAAAGUAGGACCGUCACAAGGGACUUCAAACUCUUGUUUUGGCACAGUAUUACUAAAAGGUUGCCUUCCCCUGGGCUAAACUCUGCUCCGCCUGCUUAUAAUGAAUACUCUUCUCAAUAACCUGUUUGUAAAAGAAAACUACCUGUAAGAGCAGCAGGUGAUUGAAAUGAUCUCAAUCCUCUUUAAUUCCAGGGUUACCACAUUGAAGCUGUAGCCAGGAUGAUAUUUGAACAAAACAGUUUUUGAAGGUAGCCUGGUGUGACUCGUAUUUGUUUAGCUUAAGUAGGUGGAUUUUGUAAUAAUGGAGUUAGUUUUGAAGACCAUAGAACAAACAAAAAUCGUUAAAAUUCUUCAUGAAGAUAUCUCAAAUCAUGAUAUACUCUUAUUAUUGUGCAAAUAUCAAUAAAAUGAGUUUAAAAAUCAAAACAAAAAAAACAACAAUGUAGAGAGGAAAAACAAAGUUGAAGAAUAAGAAAACGAUAAUAGAGGAAAAGGAGAGCAGGGCCAUCAGAAGAAACUGGCAACAGUGCUUCGAAUAGCUGUCUCAAAACAGGAUUGUGUCAUAUGAUAUUUAUCUGUUUUUUUUUUUUUUUAACGAUUUCUCACUCAUCCUAUGUGAUGAAAAGAACUGCUGCUAAGUGAGGCAUUGCUUAUCCUACAAACCUAUGCACGACUUGUUUAUUGGAGCAGAUCAGAUAACUGACAUCAUUGGUGGAUGAUCCAGACCGGUAGAACUUCUUAUUGAUCAGGGAGGUGUCUGACUAGCUGUAGACUGCCUCUCUUGAGUGUGCAACUUUAGGGUCAUUUAAAGAAAAAUGGAAUAGAAAUAGAGUUCUUCAUUUUAAUGUUAUCUAUACAAUACAUUUUUAAAAAUGUGGGGCCGGGUGCCAAUUUUUUUUCACAUUUGAAAAGGCAAAGCCUGGAACGGUCAUUUUUUAAAAGACUUUGACUCCUAUUUUGAGAGGAAAAUAUUGCAAUUCUAAGAACACCGCUUAUGGUUACUUUUGAUAUUUUCUUUUUAGAUAGUUGGCAUAUGCACAGAGGAGUUACAUGCAGCUCAGCAAUGGAAUGGACAGGGGAUUCUGGAACUCCUCCGCACUGUUCCUGUGUGAGUAGUGUUCCUGAGUGAGUAUGUGUGUUAGGUACCAGGUAGAAUGGUAGACUAUUGGCAUUGAUGCAUUGUCCAUUCAGGGCAUCAAAGGAAAAACCAUUCAGAAACCUCUACACUGCCAAGAUUUGCUAUACCCGCUUUUAGUAUGAUGCUUUACAAGUAACUGAUUAUAUUUAUUUAUUUUAAUUUUAAAGCAUCUCUGGUGCUGUCUGUAUGUAUUUAUAGACUUAAAACCUGUUUGAAUGCAGUUGUUGACCAAAGCCAUAGUUUUACCCGACCUUGCUCCGUCAACAAGUCUUUUCCUAGCAAAUAUUUAUUUUUGUAUUCCCCUUUUGCCUUAAUACAACAAUAUUAAUUUUUGGAAAUGUUUGUCUUAUUUAAAGUGCUGGAGGACCCUGGUUGAUAACAGAUAUGCGAAGAGGAGAAACUAUAUUUGAAAUUGAUCCACAUUUGCAAGUAUGUCUGAUUGGUAUAAAGGUCAAAUACUCACUAGCCAAUAGUAUGAGGCAAAUGGAUGCCUUAGUAAACUUUUUAUAAUGCUGUUUAAAGGGACACUGCAUGCUGUUUUUGACUAUCUCUGUCAUUUUAAUGCUUAAUUGAGAAACAAAUGGUGGGAUGGCUGCUCAUCUCUGAAUUUUAUUAAAUUACAUCUCCUGCCUGUGACUGAGAUUUAUCAGGCACUCCUUGGCAUCAAGCUGAGCCCUGUAAACUAUUGCUGAAGCUUUAUAGGAGGUGCAGUAGUACAACACUCUGCCGCAGGAUCAUUUUAAGGAUCGAUGUAAAUAAAUCCAAUAUGUAAGCUAUGGUACUUGGACUGCGCUUUCUAUUACAGUAGUUGAUGAGAGUUGUAAUUUAUUUUACGAGUUGGGGUGGAGAUACAACGAACAUGGAGUUAUAUGGAGUGUUUACAUAUGUCAUACCACAUCAUGCAAAUACUUUAUGGGAAAUGGAUGUAUAACCUCUCCCUGCAGUGUCACAGGACAGAUGUAGCAAACAGAUUUGUGAGACUAUGGCAAGAAAGCCUUUUGCACCACAUUAUAUGCAAAUAGCAUGGUAAACUGUGUUCUAAAUGUGCGUUUUAGUUUCCAAACUUAACUUCCAAAGUGGAAGGGAAGCAUACAGAUGUCUUGGAGACUUCUGAAAUAAAUGGACACGAUAUAGCACUAGUUGUAUUCUCCCCUCUGUAACCAUCCAGCCUUACUUGGUUUUUCAGUUUCUCGGGAAUUACUCCAUUGUUUUAACUUAGUUUUGAGCUGCUGUGUGAAAAGUAAUUCAUUUUGUAUGCAUGCAUGAAAAUUUGUGUCUCCACUGGAUGCCUGAUGCAAUUAGAAAAAAAAAAUGAUGGGAACGCUGCCGUACCCCAAACAAGCUCCUCCAGAGUCAUGUCUUGUUUUUCCUUACUUUAUUAAGCAGGAGAGAGUUGAUAAGGGUAUUGAAACAGAAGGAUCGAACCUUAGUGGUGUGAGCGCUAAAUGUGCGUGGGAUGAUCUGAGUCGCCCCCCGGAAGAUGAAGAUGACAGUAGGAGCAUUUGCAUUGGCACCCAGCAGCGACGCUUGUCAGGCAAAGGUAAGUUAUGUGCAGAGAAAUCCCGGGAGGCUGUUUCUAUUAACAUCAGACAUUUGACCAAUUUAUUCUUUAAAGGAGAACAUUUUUUUUUAUUUUUAUGGAAUAAUGUGUUAGCACAUAUUUUUCAUAUAGUGAAAUCUACUUUUAAAAACAUUUCAGAAAACUAGCGAAAAAGGCUUGUUGUAAAUUAACUUACCUUGUUCUUUGAGCUUAAUGUUUAUGCUCAGCUUGCCUCAAUUGCUGUGAGAAAGAAACAAGUCAGCCAGGUUUUUUUUUUUUAUAGCACAAUGGGAGCACCUGCUGUAAAAUAACAUGUGCAUCCAGGAGGCAUCAUAACUCUCCCUGUGGUGUCACCCAUUGGCUGGGUGGUUGACUUGUGCAGUUACUUGCAGCUUUAAUGAAGAUAAUUAUUGGAUUUUACGAUCAGAGACUUCUUGCUCCAUGUUAAGGGCAUAGAUAGUUGUGGUGCUUGUCAUUUCCAUUUUGAACCUUGUAAUUGCAGACACAGAGCAAAUCAGAGAAGCUUUACGAAGAGGCCUUGAAAUAAACAGUAAAUCUGUUCUACCUCCUAUAAGUUCACAGCGACACAAUGGCAUGAACCAUGACCGGGCGCCGUAAGUAUUGUUAAAAUAAGAACUAACCCCACCAAUUAUGUUUUAUAUCUUUACGGAAUAUUGUGAGACUUAGUAUAUCUCUGCAUGUUGGCAAUUACUUAUGGUAAUCAUUUGUCCAUCGAUCAAAUGUUCUCUAGAAAAGCAAGUUUCAGCUGAUUUUAUACGAAUAACUAAUUAGGGAGACUCUGCUCUGAACAGGUCUCUACAGACACUUAUACUCUUAAUUCAGAACACCGAAAGCACACAGAUGACAUGUUUAGUAAAUCAGCAAUGGGAAAACCCCCUAAAACCAUCCACCUCUAUUCAUUUGAGUGAAGUGUAGCACAAACAUGCUGCAGGUUAUUCUCUAAACUGUGAAUUGUGCUGACUUGAAAUCUGGCAAUAAAUAGGCUCAAAUAACCAAACUGUUGCUAUAGCUGACUUGGAGAAUAAAUCCUGUUUGCCUGCAUGCUUUGCCAUUCAGACUUUAGUUACAAUUUGGAUCUUGGUGAAUAUGUUCUCCUCCCUUCCCCCAAGCUUUAUCCAGUGGUUUUAACCCCUGCUGUUCAGUGGGUCAUGAAUUAACAUUCCAGCAGUGUGGCUGGCAUCAGCUGACUUCCCACAAUAAAGUGUUUUUACUGUAGCUGCAAAGUUUUCCUUAGAAAGCAAAGCAGUAGAGACCCCUUUUGGCUUUGGGAGAGAUCUGAUGCAGCCUUUUCUUGGAGUGCAUCACAUAAUAUAUUUGACACACAAGACGGUUCACUGUGGAGUCACAUUGAUAAUUCAUAGUUUACACUUCCACAUUAUUUUCUAAAAUUGAGGUUUUCAAAUUAUUAUUGGCAUUUAUAUAGCGCCAUCUUAGUCAGCAAUGCUUUACAAUAUGAUCUAAUAUUUUUUGAUAUAUUGACAUUUUUGUAAUUAUAUAAUUUUUGUGAUAAUAUUUUGAAAAUACUUAUUUUAAAAGUUUAUCAACAAUUUAUAAAAUUUUAAGAAGCUUACCAGUCACCGCUGUCCUGCGUAGAGGAAAAAGAGGAAAUUCUACAUUCUCACGCAGCCUUAGGUAGGGGAGGUCUCCUUGUGUGAGCACCAUUUGUUGUUGUCAAAACACUCCUAAACAGCUUGACAAAAAUCAAAGGGACCUACUCUGAUUAUUGGCAGCUAGUGCUUGUAUUGUUAGUGUUACCUGGCUAUAACAAAGGUAUGAAAGGCAGAGAGGAGAAAAUAUUUGUACAGGUGCCACAGCUUGGUAUGAAAUCUAUAAAGAUUCCUGUACUGCUAACUUCUCUCGGCACUACACUGGGUUUAUUUAGUAGCCUGGCACCCAGGUGCAUGUAUUGGUGCUUUUAACUGUUUAUUAGCCAGGCAUGGGGUUUGGUAUAACUUUUAUUUCCCUUAGCCAUCUGGGUAUGAGAACCAUGGCUGUAACUACCUUACAUCCCAGCUCUCAUAUCGUGUUUUCAUGUUUGCUCAGUGACAUCACGCUUUGUCUUAAAGAAUCAUUGUAUUUAAUAAUUCUCUGUAUCUGAAUCGCAGGCCCAUAUCGGCAAGUGCCGCACAUGCACCUACAGUCCUCAGUUCGUAAAGGGGACUUUUUUUUUUUUUUUUUGUCAAAUUUUGUGUUUAUUAACAAGUGUAUGAGACAUAUGUAGUCUAAUUAGAUGACAUAUUAAACCAUUGCUGCACAUCUAUCUUUAUGUACAGCUCCAUCUUGUGACAAACUAAAGUUAUUGCAGUGCCAACUUAACUCUCCACACUGUAACCUUAUGAGAUUUGAAUGUAAAGUAAUUUGGAAUUCUGUCACUGAUUUUUUUAAUAGAAACCAGUAGGUCCAAUGAGCACUUCUGAUAAUUUAAAGGGGAACUUCUUUAUAAAAAUGUGUGAAAACAUACAGCAGACUUUAAAGGAACACUCUUUAGCCACUGGAACCUUAUACUCACUGUUUAUUUUCUGGGUGGCCCAAUAGUCUAGAUUUACUAAUCUUAUUUCCCCUGGUUUUGCUGGUGUCAUUGUGCCUCCACUUAUCUGGCUGCGACCAUCAUUACUGGGGCAACUGUGAAUGGUCGUUAAUAGCUCUGCUGCGCCACUCCGCAUCUCCUCAAUUUGCAAUUUUUGCAGUACUUCUUCCAGGAAGUGCCUCUAAUGGAUGUCCAAGGUAUUGGGUAUUUGUCACCUGGUAUCUCCCCUCUGUUCCUCCUUCCCAAAUGAUAACCCAUAUUUCCAGGACAAACCGGGAGCACAAACGAGUAGAUGACUCCCAGGAGCUGAAUGCUCUACCGUUGGCUCCAUUCUAAAUGACAAUAUAACUACCAUUGCCGAACUCAAAGGUCAAUCCCUCAAUAUUUCUCUGUUCGAUAAUCUGUGUUACUCCCAACUGUCCCACUUCUUAAGGAAGCAUAUUUUGCCCUUUUAGACACCUAGGGAACUCACACUCCUUGAAAAUUCAUGUAUAGACCCAGGUACUCUGAGACCACUCUCUCAAAUUUACUCUCUUAUUCAAGAAGGCUCAACCGACAACGAUCCACCUGCUUUACAAGUUAGGUGGUGUGCAGCCUUUUUAUAUAAUUUAAUUAAGAAAUAGAUAUGGCGAUUACCCACACACGCAUGCCAAGGAGGAAGGGAGAGUAUCACAGAAUCACACCUCCAAGUAUGGAGGGAAGUCACCUAAACUUUGCUCCCUACGAGGAGGUAACCCUCAAAUAACACAACAGGUGAAAAUGAAAUCCCAGGACACUCCACUAUCAGGGAGUCCAACAGUGAGAGCACAGUGAGAUUUAAAAACAAAAAGGGGGGGAGGGUGGUAAAACAGAACCCUAACUUUAUUACAUCUAGUACAACUAAAUAGACCUAGAAUAGCUAAAUAUACAAUGUGAUCAAAUAGUAUCUAGGGAAAACGAGGGAAGUGGAGACUACAGACACAAUAUCUGAUAUAAAGAAUAUCCACCGAAUGGUAUCCAUGAAAGGGGAGUAGCAAAGGACUCCAAUACCCAUAGAAUCAUUGAUAUUUUGGUUCCACCAAACAGAGAGCCCUCAAUCCACGUAAAGACCUCUCUAAAGAAAGUGUUAAUAGCCUGGAGAGGGAAGUCUGAACGAGCUAAAUGAAUAUUCGUUAACCUGAAUCUUAUAUCUUCUCUUAGAACUUGAGGUCAAUAGAAGUAACAUUGGUUAGAGUCCAUAAAGAUUCUACUAAUAACCCUAUAUACCUCGGCACCGCACAAGGUUAGUGCCUAUCCGAACUGAACGUCAAAUAAAGUGGUGACAAAGGAAAGGACGUUUCUUUUGUCACCACUUUAUUUUGUUUCACUUUGGUAGCAUAAUGUGCACUUAUUAUUCAUUUCUUUUCAUUAUUAGUUCUCGGGACGUUCGGUUCAGGUAGGCACUAGCCUUGUGCGAUGCCGAGGUAAAUAGGGUUAUUAUUGGCAUCUUCUAAGUAAAAUCUCCCUACGAGUGUUCUAAAAGCCCAAGAGUAUUGUAUACAUUUUACCUACUCAUCAUCUUAACCACAUUAUUGCUGUUGUACAUGUGCUUGAUAUAUUCAACUGCAACAGUGUAUUUAUACCCUUCCUAAAAACAUGCAGGGUGGAGCCAGACCAAUAGGAAAUGUUUUACUCCUGUAGUUCUCCAGCAAGACUACCUGGUAUAAACAGAGUAUUCAUUAUUUGUAACUUAAUGUUCAUUCUAAUGCUAGGUAUUGUUUAUACUUCCUGCCAGAGGCCUACAUACAAUAUUAGGUUUGUUUCAUUAAACAUAAUGCUUCUUGUAGCUUAAUGUAACUAAGAUCUGCCUGGAUUUCUGCAUUGUAAUAUCUGUGCACUGCAUACAAACGUUUCAAAAUAAUACACUUUUUUUAAUUUUUUUUGGAAGGAGUCGAAAAGAUAGCUUAGAGAGUGAAAGCUCUGCAGCUCUUAUUCCUCAUGAGUUAAUACGUACAAGACAACUCGAGAGUGUUCACCUCAAGUUUAACCAGGAGUCUGGAACACUGAUUCCCCUUUGUUUAAGGUAAGGAAUAUACUUAAAGGAACACUUCACACUCCUAAAGCACUUUAGCUUGCUGAAGUGCAUUAUGUGUGAAGAGUGUGCUCUUUUUCAACAGUACAGAUUUCAACAGAAAUUGGCACUUUAAUAAAUUAACAUUGUUACACCCCCUGGCUGUCAUUCAAACAACCUGUCAUGUUAGUUCCUGGUAGUAUAGCUCCGUGACGUUCAAUUCAAGAGGCAGCAAUUGCCCAGAGCUCUUGUCUUGCAAAGGCUACUCAUUGAGCUGCAUUGGGAAGUCUGUUAUUGGACAGCCACAGACAGUUUGGGGAGGGCUUGUAAAGGCUGCAUACUGUAUAUCUACUAAACUGACCUAACCUGGUAUGAUGCUGAGUGACCUAGCCAAAUCCGGUGCAAGGUUCACUGUAGACUGUCCUCUGUUGUGGAUAUUGCUGCAAAUUUGAAGAAGUGCUGUAGCUUUGGGAAGCUCUUGCACAUGUGCCUUAAAAUGUUGCGCUGCGCCAAUCCGCAUCUCCUCAUAGAGAUGCAUUGAAUUAAUGCAUCUCUAUGGGAAAUGUUCCAUGCUUUCACUGAAGCACCUCUAGUGGCCGUCUGAGUGACUGUAACUAGUGUUGUUAUCAGGCACCAGUUUAAACAUUUGCUUUUUCACUGAAAAGGCAGCAUUUACAUUGAAAACCCUUCAGGGACAGGCUAUAGACACCAGAACCACUGGAUUAAGUGGUAGUUCUUCUGGUGACUGUAGUGUCACUCUAAGAUUGUCUUUUGCAAGUGUGUGUUUUUAUUUUUACCCCCUUGGUCCGCAUCAGUGUGUGGUGUAUGGGAACUCCUAUUGCAGAAAAUAAUUAAUGCAGAGCACAUUCUAUACUUAAUACUGUGUCCUAACUUUUCCCGUUUAAAUUGGCAUAGUGAAUAGAACAUUGGUGACGUCAACAAAAGGAAUGUUGAGAUUUAUUUUUAUAUAUAUGUUUUAACUUAUCUUCAAUAAAUUUAGAUUUUUUUUUUAUCUACCGUGAGUGCAGCCACUUGUUGGAGAAUAUAUAUAUAUAUAUAUAUAUAUAUAUAUAUAUAUAUAUAUAUAUAUAUAUAUAUAUAUAUAUAUAUAUAUAUAUAUAUAUAUAUAUAUAUUUUUUUUUUUUUCAUAGAAAAAAGGUGCACUCACAGGACUUCUUCCAUCAGUGAUUUUAUUCUAAGUUGUGCAUUACAUUCGUAAUCUUCAAUCAACGUUUCGACCCCUAAAGGGUCUUUUUCAAGAUCAAUAUAACAGUGAAAUGAACAUAUAUAUAUAGGUAGAUAAAUGAAAUAGUCACUUACCCAACAGGUGUGUGGAGAUGAACUCCCGCCCGGCCGCCCGAAACCCGGAAGUGAGUAGGUGCGACCACGUGACUGAGCGUGAUGACGCGUGUCGCAAGUGUCGUUGCUAAGCAACGUAAACAAAUCCUUUGUGAUUAUUUAUUUUACUACGAGCUCAAAGACAGCUCGAAGAGAGAACAUCAAAUUGUGUGCCAAGUGCCCAGUGAAUUUAAAAUAAGUCCUAAACCAAAAGGACACCCAAAAGUUUAUAAACAAUACCAUGAAGAGGAAUAUAUACAAUAUGGCUAUCUGAGACUAUAGACUGACAGCAUACACCAGCUAAACUGUAUACAGAUGAUACAGCAAGUGCUACUAAUGUGCAAAUUUAUGUUAAUCAAAAAUAAACCUAAUGCCAAAUAACUCUGGAAAUAUAAACUGUCAGAACAAAUAUUCAAUCUCAUAGCACAAUGAAAUAAUUAUGUGAAAAUCUAUACACAACCACUAUUAUAGAGCAAGCUGAAUGUCUAUUUAUGUUACUAAAAAACACAUUAUGCAGAAAAUUACCAUAAAAUUAGUGCUGUUAUUACUACUAAAUUUAUAGCAGAAUCUAGCCUUAAACAUUAGUGAGUAGCUUAUAUGGCAAUGUUAUCCAUAUUCUUUAACAAUAGAGCAACCUGUUAUAAUAAGGGACUAAAAAUGUAUUUUGGAAAUCUAUAUUGUACCCAGACUAAACAUUUGAUGCAUCUAUCCUCCAAAUAAAUACAUAAGCAACAUCGGAGAUAUAGUAUCUACUACUAACGUGCACAAGUAUAACAUGCAAUAAUUACCAAUAUAUCAGAUUCAAUAACCAAACCAUAUAACGUUGUUUGAUUAAAUAACCUGCAGAUCAGAAUGCAGAUUUAUUCUGAUCUGCAGGUUAUUUAAUCAAACAACGUUAUAUGGUUUGGUUAUUGAAUCUGAUAUAUUGGUAAUUAUUGCAUGUUAUACUUGUGCACGUUAGUAGUAGAUACUAUAUCUCCGAUGUUGCUUAUGUAUUUAUUUGGAGGAUAGAUGCAUCAAAUGUUUAGUCUGGGUACAAUAUAGAUUUCCAAAAUACAUUUCUAGUCCCUUAUUAUAACAGGUUGCUCUAUUGUUAAAGAAUAUGGAUAACAUUGCCAUAUAAGCUACUCACUAAUGUUUAAGGCUAGAUUCUGCUAUAAAUUUAGUAGUAAUAACAGCACUAAUUUUAUGGUAAUUUUCUGCAUAAUGUGUUUUUUAGUAACAUAAAUAGACAUUCAGCUUGCUCUAUAAUAGUGGUUGUGUAUAGAUUUUCACAUAAUUAUUUCAUUGUGCUAUGAGAUUGAAUAUUUGUUCUGACAGUUUAUAUUUCCAGAGUUAUUUGGCAUUAGGUUUAUUUUUGAUUAACAUAAAUUUGCACAUUAGUAGCACUUGCUGUAUCAUCUGUAUACAGUUUAGCUGGUGUAUGCUGUCAGUCUAUAGUCUCAGAUAGCCAUAUUGUAUAUAUUCCUCUUCAUGGUAUUGUUUAUAAACUUUUGGGUGUCCUUUUGGUUUAGGACUUAUUUUAAAUUCACUGGGCACUUGGCACACAAUUUGAUGUUCUCUCUUCGAGCUGUCUUUGAGCUCGUAGUAAAAUAAAUAAUCACAAAGGAUUUGUUUACGUUGCUUAGCAACGACACUUGCGACACGCGUCAUCACGCUCAGUCACGUGGUCGCACCUACUCACUUCCGGGUUUCGGGCGGCCGGGCGGGAGUUCAUCUCCACACACCUGUUGGGUAAGUGACUAUUUCAUUUAUCUACCUAUAUAUAUAUGUUCAUUUCACUGUUAUAUUGAUCUUGAAAAAGACCCUUUAGGGGUCGAAACGUUGAUUGAAGAUUACGAAUGUAAUGCACAACUUAGAAUAAAAUCACUGAUGGAAGAAGUCCUGUGAGUGCACCUUUUUUCUAUGAAAAAUAUACAUAUUCACGCUGAGGUUUGCACCCAGGCAAAGAUAUCAAAGAUAAAAAGAAAAAAGUUUUUAAUGGGUGAGUGCCAAGAGUAUUUUUGUAUAUAUAUAUAUAUAUAUAUGUUUGUGUGUAUAUAUAAUAUAUAUGUGUGUAUAUAUAUAUAUAUAUAUAUAUAUAUAUAUAUAUAUAUAUAUAUAUAUAUAUAUAUAUAUAUAUAUAUAUAUAUAUAUAUAUAUAUAUAUUAUUCAUAUUCUCCAACAAGUGGCUGCACUCACGGUAGAUAAAAAAAAUCUAAAUUUAUUGAAGAUAAGUUAAAACAUCCACGAUCAACGUUUCAGUCCUACAAGGACUUUCCUCAGGAUCAAAAAGAUGAAAAACAGUGUGUAUAAUAAACAAGACAUUUAUACAUAAAAUUAAGUGUUAGCUAACCCCAGGUGAAAACCGCCAUUCAAUCGGCGUUCUAGCCCGCUCAGUGCGCAUGUGUAAAUUGACUCCGCCCCAUGCCGCAACGUCAUGACAAAAUCGCGGCCUGAUCGUUGCCUCGGUGAUGCUGACAAACAAAGCAUCACCAUGGGUAAUGGAACACAGGCAAACAGCCCGAGAUGAUCGUUGCCAUGGUGAUGCUAGUAAACAAAGCGUCACCACGGCCAAUACAUGUGGAAGAGGGCAGACCCGGGUGUAAAUAUUUACUAAACUAAAAAGCAUGUGAAAAUAUAGAAACAUUUAAAGAUGAAAAAUAGGUGUCAUAUAUAUGUAUGAGCUUUAUAUUAUAUUAGCUCAAUCCACAUUAAAGUGACAACGUUAUCAGUGUAAACAAAGUGCAUAAAGUCACAUAUAUACUCAAAUAUACAUGCAUAUUAUUAAGCGACCAGUGCAUAUAGAUAAAUAUAGUGCUCAUGAGAGAAGGAUGUAUGUGGAACUCACAUACAAAGCAGUCCAAAUUUAGAUUUUUUUUAUCUACCGUGAGUGCAGCCACUUGUUGGAUUUUUGUAUGGAUGGCCAUUACUUGCAAGCACCCGGGCAAUAAGGGGUAUUUGAGCGUGAGUGCAGGAGCUCCUGGUAUUUUUUUCUGUCUAUAGGGUUAUUGGCCUUAACCCCCUCCUGGCACCAGCACUUUAGCAAUUGGACACAAUUUGUGUAGAUUGCUUUGGAACCCUGAACCCAUUUGAUCAUAAGGACAUUUUUUGCUUUUUAUUAUUAUUCUUUGGUUUAUUCACUAAACUAUAAGCAUGGAUGAAUUUUUGUUCCAAGCUGGGGCAUAUUCGGAACAAGCGGAUACUAUGCAAUUUUCCCAGGAGGAAGCGGAAAACAUUCUAUGGGAACAAACUGGUCUGGAACUUCCACACCAUUUAUCCGCUAAGGAUGUUUAUUUUAAAUUGUCUAAAUUACGGAGGAAGCCGAUUGAUCUGGAUAUGCAUGGAUUGUUCCUCUCUGAUUACUACAAGGCGAAAAGGAUCCCUAGGGGGUUUAGAGUACUCAAUGUACCCACCAUUGGAAGGGGUAAAGCCAAGGUUUGUAGAGAAUGGACUAUGGUCUUGAACAAAGCAUCAUUGGAUAUGAUGCUUAUUAUAAUUAAAGAUGUGAAGGAGGACUUGGUAGAUGUGGAGAAAAAGAUCUCGGAGGUGGAGACUGAACAUGCCGUACUAUUGGCCUCAGUGGAGGGACAGAAAUUAUUAAAAAAAACUCCAUGAGGAAUUGCUGAAAUAUAAAAACGAACUGAUUAGGUUCAAAAAGCAAAAAUUCGAGAGAGUCCAACAGGACUACCUGGACCAUAGAGUCUAUAGAUGGUUAUCCAGCAAUGGCACACAGAGGCCAAGGCGGCAACGCAAAAGAAUUAUUAAACCCCGGGUUGUAACUAUUGACACUACAUCUGGGGAGUUGGCCUCCGAGAAUAUGAAGGAACCUACACCACAUACUCCUCUUUUUUUUAGAGACCCCAGAAGUGGGAACUUCUACCAGAAGCCGUGUAAGGGGAACCGCAGAACCAGGAGAGGGGGGUAUACUAAAAGGAUGCCAAAGGGCAAGCCACCGCUCAAGAAGUAAUCCCAAUUUUCAACUUAUCCCACCGACCGCUUAUCCAGGAAGAAUCUGUCUUGUUAAGUCAAGGAUUGUCAUUUGUCCCCACAGCAGAAGUGAAUCCAUUCAAAUGGGAAGUGGAGUGGUUUAAGUUUGGAAGAAACCUUCGUUUGAAAGAGUAUUUCAGCAAAAGUGAAUUUAAUUCAGUUGACACCAACUAUGGAACCAAGGAGAAAUUCUGUCUUAAUUCAUCAUUCGACCCACCUACUAAUAAAGCUUCAAUAAAAACUUUUUUAUCAUUGACAAACAAAGAUGCAAAGACAGUAAUGUGCAACCCUGUUAAUAAGAGACACAACGUCACAAAACGUCAACGCCAACUUAUAAAAAAUUUAGCUGAGGAUCGAUCCAUAAUUAUACGCUCCGCAGAUAAAGGGGGUGGGAUAGUCAUCAUGAAUUAUUCUGACUAUGCUAAUGAAUUAAAAAGUCAAUUACAAGAUCCAAAUGUUUACCUUCCCCUGGACCAUGAUCCUACUCAGGAGUUUCAAUGUGUGAUACAUGACAUUUCAUCUAUGGGAUUGAGGGCCGGAUAUAUAGACUUGGAUCUAUUCCAAUAUUUGAAUCAAAAGAACCCGCGAAGCCCUAUCAUUUAUAGCAUCCCGAAAAUCCACAAGAAUGCUCAGAAGCCUCCGGGACGCCCAAUAGUGUCCGCGAUUAAAGGAAUUUUAGAACCUUUAGCUAAGUGGCUUGACUUCUUGUUUAAACAGACGGGAACUUGUAUAAAAGAUACACCUAUGCUUUUGAACAAAGUCAAGGAGAUUAUUUAUGGAAACCCAACCCCUGCUAAUCACUAUGGACGUAAAGAGCCUUUACACUGUAAUCCCACAUGAAGAAGGGAUUGAGGCUAUGCGACAGGUACUUACAGCUUCGACAGUGUUUAAAGGUCCACCUAUUGAAUUUGUAUUGGAAAUUCUGGCAAUCACCUUGGAACGUAACUAUUUUCGUUUUGAAAAUCAAUGGUAUUUACAGAUUUCUGGCACAUCGAUGGAGGCAGAAAUGGCCCCCAUGUAUGCUAAUGCGUACAUGUUUGUGUACGAACAGAAAAAUAUCUUGUUCCCAUAUGGCCAUUUAAUACAAGGCUAUUAUCGUUUCAUCGAUGAUCUCUUAAUUAUUUGGAAUGGUACCAUAAUAGAAGCGCACAACAUGGUCGAUGAACUAAACAAGCUACCAGUACCUAUAAGAAUGACGGCGAAUAUCAGCACAGAAAAAAUCCAAUAUUUGGAUGUUGAAUUGUCCGUUGGCACAAACAAAUUGGAAUAUAGCUUGUUUACGAAAGCUACUGAUCGCAAUACCCUUCUUCAUGCACAUAGUGCCCAUCCCCAAGGCUUGAAGGACUCUCUCCCAAAGGCCCAAUAUCUGCGGGUGAUGAGAAAUAACUCCAAUGAGAACAUCAAAGAGAGGCAAUUGAUUGAAAUGACUAACAAAUUUUUGGAACGUGGGUACCACCGCUCCACCCUUGAAAAAGCAUUGAGAGGCUAGGGUCCCUCGAGAACCUAGGGUAACAGCGACAACACAAAGAAUGUUUUUUCCUACCACGUUCCAUCAAUCUACUUGUCAAAUUUCCUCGGCUAUUAGAAAAAAUUGGAGAAUAUUGGCAGCGGAUGACACCCUCCCCAAGGUCUUUUUGGAACAACCUUUGGUUUGUUUCAAGAGAAACAAAAAUUUGAAAGAUCUGUUGGUUCAUACUGACCCUAUCCUGAGUUAUGCGGAUAAUACUACAGUGCAAUGCCGGGGCAGUGUUCGCUGCCUUGGUUGUGUAACAUGUGGGCAUAUGACCCCUUCGAAGUUUUUCCAGCACCAACAAGAAGUAUACAAUUAGGAGCACCAUCACAUGUAAAACCAUUUGUUAUAUACAAACUUACAUGCCCAUGUGGGUUGGUGUAUAUUGGAAAAACUGAAACAGCGUUAUGCGAAAGAAUCAGGGGGCAUAGAUCCAGUAUUAGAUUGGCCUAUAGGGAUGGUGUAUCGGACAAACCAGUGGCGAAACAUUUCCUGGAUUUUAAUCAUUCGUUGGCCACACUGAAAUUCAUAGCAAUUGACCAUGUUCCAGUAUCAAGACGGGCUGGGGACAGGGGUAAACUGCUUUUAAACAGAGACAUUUUGGAUUUAUGAACUGGACACAGUUUUCCCAAAGGGCUUGAAUGAAUAUAUUUCUUUUCAUUCGUUCUUAUAACAGAUUUACUGACAAGUGACUCUUGUUAUAAGGGCUUGAGUUGUGUAAUAUAUCUAUAUGCAUAGUUACGUCCGAGUUAUAGCCCCAGCUAUUGGUUGUUUGAUUUUAGAUAUAAAUGCUGAGAUAUGCUAUUAAGAAAAUUUUUUUACUUACAAUUUGGGUUCUUUAAGUAGUAGGGCUGAAUAAGCAUAGCCCAAUGUAUUGAAAAGUAUUUAAUUAGAAUACAUGAUUGAUGGGUGUAGUUGUUGAAGUAACUCUCAAGGCAUAAUAAUUUUUCAGGAAUCCUUAACUGCAUAUCUCUAGUAUUUGUUUUUACAUAGGUGUACAUGUAUUGUUAGGUAAAUUAGCAUUAAUGUUAUUAGAUAUGUACUUUUUCCUCAUAUAUAUAGGGUUAAAGAGAGAAUAGAUUGAUCAUUUGCACUAUUUGGUAUGAAAUGUUUAUUCACACAGCACUCAUAGCACUUUUUUUUUUAAUAACUUAUGGUUUGCUAUAUAUAUAUAUGUGUGUGUGUGUGUAUAUAUGUAUAUGUGUGUGUGUGUGUAUAUAUGUAUAUGUGUGUGUGUGUGUAUAUAUAUAUAUAUAUAUAUAUAUAUAUAUAUAUAUAUAUAUAUAUAUAUAUAUAUAUAUAUAUAUAUAAUGUGUGUGUGUGUGUGUGUGUAUAUAUGUAUAUAUAUGUGUGUGUAUAUAUGUAUAUAUUAUGCACUGCCACUUUAAAAUAUCCAAAUAUGGACUGCUUUGUAUGUGAGUUCCACAUACAUCCUUCUCUCAUGAGCACUAUAUUUAUCUAUAUGCACUUGUCUUUUAAUUAUAUGCACUGGUCGUUUAAUAAUAUGCAUGUAUAUUUGAGUAUAUAUAUGACUUUAUGCACUUUGUUUACAUUGAUAACGUUGUCACUUUAAUGUGGAUUGAGCUAAUAUAAUAUAAAGCUCAUACAUAUAUAUGACACCUAUUUUUCAUCUUUAAAUGUUUUUCUAUAUUUUCACAUGCUUUUUAGUUUAGUAAAUAUUUACACCCGGGUCUGCCCUCUUCCACAUGUAUUGGCCGUGGUGACGCUUUGUUUACUAGCAUCACCAUGGCAACGAUCAUCUCGGGCUGUUUGCCUGUGUUCCGUUACCCAUGGUGAUGCUUUGUUUGUCAGCAUCACCGAGGCAACGAUCAGGCCGCGAUUACGUCAUGACGUUGCGGCAGGGGGCGGAGUCAAUUUGCACAUGCGCACUGAGCGGGCUAGAACGCCGGUUGAAUGGCGGUUUUCACCUGGGGUUAGCUAACACUCUUAAUUUUAUGUAUAAAUGUCUUGUUUAUUAUACACACUGUUUUUCAUCUUUUUGAUCCUGAGGAAAGUCCUUGUAGGACUGAAACGUUGAUCGUGGAUGUUUUAACUUAUCUUCAAUAAAUUUAGAUUUUUUUUUUUUUUAUCUACCGUGAGUGCAGCCACUUGUUGGAUUUUUGUAUGGAUGGCCAUUACUUGCUAGCACCCGGGCAAUAAGGGGUAUUUUGAGCGUGAGUGCAGGAGCUCCUGGUAUUUUUUUAUAUCUAUAUCUAUAUAUAUAUAUCUAUAUCUAUCUUUUUGUAUGUAGGGAUGUCCGUGGGGGUGUUUGUUUAUUUUUUACUUUUGUUAUUGUAGGGGAAGACUGUUACAUGGAAGACAUUUUACAUAUAAAAGUAUUACUGGAGACACUGCAAUCACAUUUGUGUCCACGGGAGUGGAAGGUGCCUUUGCCACAGAGGAACACCCAUAUGCAGCACAUGGUCCGUGGCUACAAGUAAGUUGUUUUUGUUUGAAGUUGAUGUAAGUUCAAUAUAUAUAGUGUGAGAUAUAGAGAUGAAGAUCUAGAUUCUUUUUCUUUAAGUGGUUUGAGUAAAAAGACAGCGGCUAAACAUUUCUCGUGCUUUAGAAGCCCUUUGUCAGUAGGCAAGGAUGGCUGUUUGAUACAUGGUUAUUAAAACAUGAAACAUGUUUACUUUAUGUUCUGAGUCUGUCUUCAAGGCCAUAUUUGCAGUAAGAUUUUGUGAAAUAUACCUUUGUCACAAUCCCGAAGUUCUGCAAUGGCAGUCCGUCAAGCAGAGGGCUCAGGGAACACGGUUUCCAACCACACAGAACUUAUUUGACAUAGGACUAGUGAGUGGUGUCUGCAGCCCGAUAUCAUCAAAACUACAACAGGCUGUAGUGGUUAUGGUAUUUAACAUACACCUUCAAAUAAAACCAGUUAUAGCACUUGCUCGGUUAAAUGUUUCAAGGAAAAGGAUUAGCGAACGAGCUUCCCCUUUUAGCAUUCACCAUUUUCCUUGCGUAGGCGGACCAUCACAAAAACAUAGCAAUGAUCAACUGCUCUGCAGGAAAGAGUCUUUCAGCUUCACAAGUCGCCAUCAAUGUGUCCUAAAUUAUGGACAAGCUGUUAUGUUUAGUCUUGUUUGCGCUGUUCUCCUUUAUUUAAUCAACCAGAAAAAUGGUUAAACAUUACCUUAAAUGCUUCUGCUUGAAUGGACUCCAGUAAUAAAACAUUCUGGCUCAUUUGUAGCCCUUUUCUCUUGACGUAGACCUGCUGGGGCACUGUGUAUCUGGGUUUUUGUAAUUCCAGAGAGCACAUAUGGCAUUACAGAGAUCACAGAAAGUCAAGAGGAACUAUCUGUCAAUUUUAGCUUCUUAGUUAUUGUGGUUCAUUUGCUUUAGAACACGUAUCUCGUUUACACUAAAUGUUAUCUUUGAACACCGUUUUAGCUCGGGUCCUUGUUGAUGCAUUAGUAAGUACUUAAAAACAAUUUGCUAACUAUGAUGAUGUACUGAUGGUGUGUAAAUUAAAGGAACACAGUCAUUCAUUUUUGUACAUUUUUGAGAUCUUAUUCUGUAACAUGCCAUCUCACGUGGUUUUUGUUUUCAUUCGUAUUUAUUGAAAUAUUUGAACAAAGAUUGUGUAGAAUUUACAGAUUAUUUAGCUAUUAAAAACGUUGUGUAUUUCUUUAACUGCAUUGCUCACACAUUAACAUGCAACAUGAUUCGUUGCUUCAUAUGCUGUUCCCGAUCAAUAUCUACCACAUGGAAACAGAGUUAAUUCAAUCCAGGCAUGAGCAUCAGCCAAAGGAGGUCUUAUGAUAUAUUGGGACUAGGGAUAGACCAUUUUUUUUAAAUUAUUGGGUCUGCUAAUUAUUAGAGCCAAUAUUCAGCAUUUCACCGAUAAUUGGUAUCUGUCUUAUAAUUUACCAAUAUUACCGAUCACUUACUCAACUCUCCUAGUCACCACAAGCAGUCUUGUGUAUCCGGAAACUCUAGCCAACAGCUAAUGAAGCACCACAUUCUGACCUCUUGUUACCCCUUUCUGUGAGUCUCCACAUGCGGAGCUUAGCUUGAUGUAGGGAGGUGAGAUCGUGAAUAAUAAAAUACUGGAAUGGCUGACGGUGAUAGAAGUGUGACUAGAGUCCGCAAUUACACUUCUAUUAGUAACAACACUGUACAUGCUGGGAUAUCACUGAUCCCAGUAUGUACUGGCAGGCAGAGAGUGAUAGGAAUGUGAUUUCUGUCCGCACAUUCAGUUAAUGUCAGAUUUGUGUAGCAAUUGUUACUUUUUUAGAACAUUUUAAAUGUGCAGAUUAUUGGCACCAGUUAUUGGCAAUCGGCCAGAAAGGUGACCGAUAAUUGGCAUUGGCUCUGAAUUUUUUUUUUAUUUUUUUUAAAUUUUUUUUUAUCGGUUGAUCCAUAAUUGUGACACCGCACAAAUUUUUUUUAUUGCUUUAAAAUCUAAAUUGAGCAAAAAAAUAACUUUGAAUUCAACGUUCUAUUUAAAAGAGAAUAAUUAGAAGUAGCGUUAAAGGGACACUAUAGUCACUGAACAACUUUAGCUUAAUGAAGCAGUUUUGGUGUAUAGAACAUGCCCCUGCAGCCUCACUGCUCAAUCCUCUGCCAUUUAGGAGUUAAAUCCCUUUGUUUAUGGACUCUAGUCACACCUCCCUGCAUGUGACUUGCACAGCCUUCCAUAAACACUUCCUGUAAAGAGAGCCCUAUUUAGGCUUUUAUUGCAAGUUCUGUUUAAUUAAGAUUUUCUUAUCCCCUGCUAUGUUAAUAGCUUGCUAGACCCUGCAAGAGCCUCCUGUAUGUGAUUAAAGUUCAAUUUAGAGAUUGAGAUACAAUUAUUUAAGGUAAAUUACAUCUGUUUGAAAGUGAAACCAGUUUUUUUGUUUGUUUGUUUUGGGGGUUUUUUCAUGCAGGCUCUGUCAAUCAUAGCCAGGGGAGGUGUGGCUAGGGCUGCAUAAACAGAAACAAAGUGAUUUAACUCCUAAAUGACAGUGAAAUUGCAGGGGAACGAUCUGUACAAUAAAACUGCUUUAUUUAGCUAAAGUAAUCUAGGUGACUAUAGUGUUCCUUUAAGCACUUGGACUCAAAGGAUGUGUUUUGAGGACACAUUCAAGAAGCUCAGCCGUAACUGAUUUUGCCAAUGAAGCUUCUUCUGAUCAUGCUCGCUAUUUUAAUGUCUCUGGAAUUCUUUCACCCUUUUAAACGUUGGAUUCUAAAAGAAAACUCCAAAGACCAGUCAUUUUUUGUGAUGAAUAUUGAUUGAAGUAGAUUCAUACAAAUGUGAUACUGUUAUUAGUAUCUUGAAUAAUUUACUAAUCCUUCUCCCCCCUCCCCACCCCCCUUCUUUUUCAAUCUUUUCCAUGUGUAAUUCUACAUUGGUACUUGAUUAAUAUAGAAAUUCACAUCAAGCAUGAACUGAAUCAUGAAUUCUGUAUAUAUUGUUUAUUUUCUGGUUUCCUGGAGAAAGUUUAAAAAAAUAAUAAUAAUUUUCCAUGCUGUAGAAAAUCAGAUCAAAUACCUGCCAAUUAUACCGAGAACUGAACAUAAAAGACUAGAACUAUUUUAUCUUUUUCAGAUUUUGUUGACUGAGGAGUUGGUGGAAAAAAUGCUGGAAGACUUAGAAGAUUUAAGCUCUCCAGAGGAAGUGAGUUCUCAUUUGCUUGAGUUAGAGGAGAGGGGGAGUAAAAGGGAUGCAUUGUAAGAGAAGAUCUCUUGAAACUGCCAGCCUUAGAUUCUGCAGCCUCAGGCCAUCCAAAACAAAAAAAGAGUAGAUUUGCAGAAUUUGGCCAUUUUCCCUGCUGAAUAUCGUAUCUUGCAUUCAUUAGAAUUUAUCACCUAUUUUAAUAAAAUAUAGUGGUGGCCGUUCUGUAAUAUUAAUUCUCCCCAGUAAACUGUUAAAAUAUUUACUUGAAGAAAUAUGCAAAAGAUGUAAAUAAAACCAUGAUUUAUUUGCUGCCAUUUAGAGUUCUCUUCCCAUGACAUCAUUAAUGGAAUUAGUGUCAAUUAACCACAAACAAAAUGUAGCUCGUAAUGAAAGGAUUGUAUAAUUGCUAGUAUGAGUGGAAAAAAGGCAAUUUAAGAAACUUAAAUUAACACACACAAAAAACUUUGGUUUACUGAAGAAUAGUCACUUAAAGGACCACUAUAGGCACCCAGCCCACUUCAGCUUAAUGAAUUGGUCUGGGUGCCAGGUCCAGCUAGGAUUAACCCUUCUAUAAACAUAGCAGUUUCAGAGAAACUGUUAUGUUUAUAAUAGGGUUAAUCCAGACUCUAGUGGCUGUCUCAUUGACAGCCACUAGAGGCGCUUCUGCGCUUCUCACUGUGAUUUUCAGUGAGAAGACGCCAGCGUCCAUAGGAAAGCAUUGAGAAUGCUGUCCUAUGGACUGGCUGAAUGCGCGCUGCUCAUACCGCGCAUGCGCAUUCAGCCGAUGAGGAAGAGGAGAGUUCCCCGCCCGGUGCUGGAAAAAGAGGUAAAUUUAACCCCUUCCAUCCCCUAGAGCCCGGCGGGAGGGGGGUCCUGAGGGUGGGGGCACCCUCAGGGCACUAUAAUGCCAAGAAAACUAGUAUGUUUGUUUUCCUGGCACUAUAGUGGUCCUUUUUAAUGUUACAGUAUAUUUAAAGGGAAACCAUAAUUUCUCUGUAAAUUGUACCAUUGGAUAAAACAUUGUAAAUCACCUAUAAUUUGUAGAAGGUCACAAAUUGGACAUUAAAGCCCAGAGCCUCAAGAAUCCCACGUUAUUAUGACGAAGUACGCAAUGUAAAAAUCUAAUCGGGAAAAUAUUUUUUAAAAUCCUUAAAUAAUGAUCUUGCAUAAAAGACACCGUCCUUAGUUCACAGGGUAUAAGACAUUCAGAGUCUUUAAAAUCCAGAUUGCGAACUGUACUGAUUCUGAAAGAAGCCAGAUCAACUGUUUUCUAGUUAAAAAAAACAAAACAAAAAACUGUACAGAUCUAAUGUAAUCAGGCACAUCAGGAGUCAAGCUAUUACUAAGCUGUGCUUGUGGUCUUUUAGUGAUGCAUUCCAAAUUAUAUUAUUCAGAUUGUGCUGAUUGUAGUUCCCACCAAAUGCUUGUCUGAUAAUGCAAGCAAGUCUGCAGGUUUCAAAGAGUUAUUAAUUCUUUGUUCUUAUAUAUUUAUUUAUUUAUUUUAUUUUAUUUUUUUUCUUUCUUUAUCUAACCUCACACAGGAGGCUGCUUUCCACUAGCAGGCAAUUUACAGUAGCAGAUAACAUCUUAAAAUGAACCUUCUACAAUAAGAUUGGUUUGAAAGUUAAAGGAAUACUCGUAGAACCAAAGCAACUUUAGCUUAAUGAAGCCGUUUUGGUGUAUACAUCAUGCCCUGGAUGCAUCACUGCUCACUUCUCUGCCGUUUUUAGGCGUUAAAUUGCUUUCUUCUUACAGACCCAAAUUACAGAGAAUUGAGGAGUGAGACUGUAUGGGCAUGAUCUGUACAGUUGUUUGGUUCUUUAAAUCAUACUUUGACAUGGGAAAAAUAUCUUUGCAUUGAAUUUUACUUUGCCCGAUAUUUAGAUUAUCUUUUUAUUUAACAGUUUUUUUUUGUUUUGUUUUUUUUAAAUACUUUUAGCUAAAAUUACCAAAGGAAUACAGUUGGCCGGCAAACAAGCUGAAAAUUUCCAUUCUACCAGACACAGUGUUUGAUAACCCACUGCAUUAAUGCUGGAGGAACGUCGACAUGUCUUCCUGCAAUAUGGGAGAGCCAAGAUGCACUUUCCCCUGUACAGCACAGUUUUUGCAAUAAAACAAAAAAGGAGAAAGCCAAAGGAUUGCAUUUCCUGCACAGUCACUGCAUCAUGAGACAGUUGAACACAGAAAAAGUGUGUGGAUUUUCAACAAUGUGUUUUGUUUUUUUUGGUUUUGAGUGGCCUGUGCCUGAGUGAACACUAAGUCAAUUACUAUAUGGUAUUCACCACUCAGUCAUUUUAUAAUGUCCAGACACCAGGCAAUGGUGUAAAAAUAAUAAUUACUGACCAUGAAUGACCUUAUUUUGGGUACUGUGAACAGUCCUCAAUAAGACUUGUCAUUUAAGUGUUACAAACUGUGUGGUUGCGUUCUGAUAAUCUACCAUGGUGUGUCUUGUUUUAUAUGUUUUGGUUUGUUUGUGUUUUUUUUUUCUUUUCCCAGUUGUGAAUGGGACGGCGGAACUCUCUCUGUCAGUAAUUGGACCAAGAACUAUGUGAAUUAUUCAUGUUUUGAUUCAUAAGUGUUGAGCAAUUGUGGCAUUACCUUAAUCGUGAAGAAUCUUCACAUUUCACCUGUUGAGAAGUGGUCACGUUUAGCAGUAUUCUUUAGCAAGUUGUCCAGUUACUUCUAGUUUAUUUAUUUCCCAGUCCAUGUUAGUACAUCUUACGUGCAUUACUCUAAAUAGCUUGAACACAAUCUAGCUUUUUAAAUAUAGUAGUCGAACGUCGUUUUUUUUUUUUCUUUUCUUUUUUUUUCCAUUAUAGAGACCUGAGCUGAAAACACAACUCAGUGGAACAAACCUAAAACGUCAGUGCCUGUCUUUUUUAAUCUUUUAAAUUUAUAUGGCUUUGAGACUUCUAAUCAUAUUUUUAUAUAACUAUAGGGACUUUGAUACUAAGUUGUACUUCAGCAAACACUAACUGGAAUUGAAUGGGUUUGGUCCUGUCUGUACUUAUGAUGUAUUAGAGUUUCUAUCUGGAGAAAGAAGGUGGGAGCUUAUGGAUGUAUAGCAUUCAUGCAGGUAUGUUUAUUUUUUAUUUUUGUUCUUAUGGCUAAUAGUUCUGCAUCCUAUGGGUAAUGGGUUGAUUCAGGAUAAACCAAGGAACAUUAUUAAUAUUUUGACUUUUUUUGUACACUUAUUUUGUUUUUUUGUGUUUUUUGACUUAAAAAUCUCAACAAGAAAUAAUUAUUUUCAAAUUGCCCCAAACAUGUGAGGAGUGCAUGGAUUACCCUGAAACUGGUAAACAAAGCAAAUUUGAGUGUGAACAUUUAACAAAGAAAUCCUUGUGAACCUCUAAUUGCUUAUAUUUGCAUAGCCCACCUUUCUAAUGAGGCCAUAGGUUAGGGAACCUGAACAGAUAGAAUUAAAUAUUUUUUGGCAUGAUUUUUAGGUAACAUAAACCACAUGCUAGGCCAAGAAAAUUACCGUUGUAUUGUAUGUUUUAUACCAGUGACUCUUCAAAUGAGAAAGCCUUCCUUAUUUUUAGCAAUGAAUAUCAAUGACACAUCCUGACCUACCAACCCUCCCACCCCAGAAUGUGGCUCUCAAUUUUAUUUAAGAUCGUUUAUUAAAUUAACUUUUUCUGGUUUGGCUAUCUUAGCCUAAUUUUUUAUAUUUUGUGUUCAUAUUCUAUAGUAAAUUUUUGGAUCCUAAAAAGGGCCUGUUGAUUGCAGUGAAAAUGACUUGCAGAACGUGAAAUAUUUUAAGCACCAUAACCACUGCCGCCCAAUGUAGCCCAGAUAAGUAACUAUUCUAAAACGGUUUGACAAAUUACUUUGUGAAAGCGCCAGGGCACACCUGGCACUAUAAUCACUACAAUGGGCAGUAAUUGUUAUGGUACUUGGCGUUUUCAUUUAAAGGUUAAAAGUUGCCUUACGUGUGUGUGUAUUUUUAAGCCUGCAGUGAGAAGUUCAUUAACCCCUUAAGGAAACAUGACAUGUGUGACAUGUCAUGAUUCAGUUUUAUUCCAGAAGUUUGGCCCUUAAGGGGUUAAGUUACAGUAAUCGGUUUGAAUAAUCUUUUCUCUGUUCCUUUUAUAUGUACUUACUUAUAAAAUUUACUCCAUUUCCAGUUUGUUGUAUAAAGAAAAAUUAAAGUCUCUGGUUAUUAUUUUUUAAACACUUGGCUGUUUUAAUCUAAAUUUUUCAGUUAAGUUGGCAACAUUUUCAGCUAGCUAUAGCUUGGCUCUUUUGCCGUAACACUUUUUCUAACCUUGGUUUUCAGUUCAAUGUCUAGUGAAUAAACUCUGAAAACCAUGUUUUGAAUUGAUCAUGUCCAUAUUUCAUGUAUUUUAUAUACUGUAGCAAGGUAUUCACAAACUCCAUUUAAAGAGUUGUUUAUUGCUUUUUGAGAGAUCAAUUAAAGCGAGAGGUUGGUAUUAUUUGGGUAGUGUCUUUUUAAAAAAAAUUUCCUCCUCCCAAAUUUUCCCGCACUGCUAGAAAGGUACCAGUGACUUAUAUUUUUGUUUCAAAGUUGCUUUGCAUACAAUUUGAAAAUGUCACAUAACGUUCUAGUUAUAAUGCUCUUCUGAUUUAAUUAAAAGUGAAGAAUAAAUCUGCCCUACUGACUUUACCCUCCUAAAUUCUCGCCUGUGUUUUUGUAGCUGAUGAACAUCUCGGAAUAAAGCAGAUGUGGUUUUCAGAGGU